AUGUCAGACUCAGCAGAUCCAUUAGUGAUAUCAUUCGGUGAGAUGCUCAUCGACUUUGUUCCUGACACAUCUGGUGUCUCCUUGGCUGAGUCCAAUGCUUUUAUCAAAGCCCCUGGAGGUGCUCCUGCUAAUGUAGCUUGUGCCGUAGCCAAACUUGGUGGCAAUGCUGCUUUCAUUGGCAAGGUGGGAGAUGAUGAGUUUGGAAAGAUGCUGGUUGAUAUUUUGAGGAAAAACAAAGUCAACACUGAUGGCAUUUGCUUUGAUACGGAGGCAAGAACUGCUUUGGCUUUUGUGACAUUGAGGAAGGAUGGAGAGAGGGAGUUCAUGUUUUACAGAAAUCCCAGUGCAGAUAUGUUGCUGGCGGAGUCAGAAUUGAAUAUGGGUUUGAUCAAGAAGGCUAAGGUAUUUCAUUAUGGAUCCAUUAGUCUGAUAUCAGAGCCAUGCAGAUCAGCACACUUGGCUGCAAUGAAAGUUGCUAGAGAAAGUGGUGCUUUGCUCUCCUAUGAUCCAAAUCUCAGGCUUCCUUUGUGGCCUUCUAAGGAGGCUGCUAGGUCUGGAAUCAAGAGCAUAUGGUUUGAUGCGGACUUCAUCAAGGUGAGUGAUGACGAAGUUAAAUUCCUAACAGAAGGUGAUCCUGAGAAGGAGGAUGUUGUGAUGUCUCUGUGGCACGACAGAUUGAAAUUGCUUCUAGUGACUGAUGGAGAGAAGGGUUGCAGAUAUUUCACCAAGAACUUCAAAGGAAGGGUAAAUGGAUUUUCAGUGAAGGCAAUUGACACAACUGGUGCUGGUGAUUCUUUUGUGGGUGCACUUCUCACAAGUGUGGCCAGGGACACUUCCAUAUUUGAGAAUGAACAAAAAUUGAGAGAGGCUUUGACGUUUUCGAAUGCUUGUGGAGCAAUUUGUACAACAGCCAAGGGUGCAAUUCCUGCACUUCCAACCGUAGCAGAGGCUUCCAACUUUAUUUCCAACUCUAAACCCUCAUAGAGUCCACAGAACCACCCAUUCAUUUUCAUGUCAGAGUCUCCUCUUAUUUAUAUACCUUUGAUAUUUCAUACCCAAAUACUUCAAAUUCUUGUUUCUGUUUAUGAAUAAUAACAGAUAUGCUUUUCAUUCUCUGCCUUCUAUAAGCUAAUUUUAUGAAAUCCGAGAGUGGCGCACGAUUGAUUAUAUAUAUAUAUAUAUGUGUGUGUGUGUAAACAUAGCG